AUGGCCGACAACACUCAAUCAUCGUACAGGUGGGAUCCGGAGCUGGUCGAGACCGGCGGGCGGCACGUGGCCAUCGCCCUCGACGCCUCGCCCCACUCGCGGACGGCGCUCUCGUCGGCGCUGGUGGUCCUCCGCAAGGACGCGGACAGGCUGACGCUCAUCAUGGUGCUGCACCACAAGCACGGGCUUGUUGCCAAGGCUCUACAGGCCACAGGCCUUGCCCAUGACAACGUUCAUCCGCUCGCCGACGAGCAGGACUACGCUGACUUCCUGGUGGCCUUCAAGGACGCGGCGGGCAUCGGCCGUCCCUAUCCCACCGCCAACCUCACGGGCGACGAGGCCGAUGACGCGGUCUUUGCCGGAGAAGCGCUCGAUGCUGCUGUCGAUUCGGGCUUUGACGCUGUGCUCGACGUCAUCAUCUCGUCCAAGCCCAAGAAUGCUCUGCUCGACUACGCCGAGCGGAGCCGCGCCAACGCUGCCCGCUGUCCCGGCGGCGACGAAUGCGUCCGUCCCGGCUUUGUCCACGAUCCCAUCGAUCUGCUGGUGCUCGGCUCGCGCGGCCGGUCCGGAAUCUCAUCGUGGCUCCUCGGCUCGGUCUCGGCCUCCCUCGCCAAGUUGGCGCCGCUCCCCACCAUGAUCGCCAAGGCGCCGCUGCCGUACGACGUCGCCUGCAACGACGGGCCAGCCAAGUGGAUGGUGGCCAUGGACAUGCGGCCGGAGGGCUUCCCGUCCUCGCUCCGCGCAGUCGCCUCGCUCGUUCCAAUCAUCCGACCUGACGACACCCUCAUUCUCCUCUCGGUCCUCUCGGUCGAGGAAGCUGUCGGUGUCUCGGACGACCAGUACGAAAAGCGCCCGGCCAAAGCCUUGUUCAAUUCGCUACCGGCCGUGCUCGCCGACUACGGCAUCACCGCUCGGACAGAAUUCCAGGUCGGGCACCCGGGGUCGCAAAUCUGUGCCGUCGCUGACGCCGAAGGCAUCGACGUGCUUGCUCUCGGAUGCCGCGACUCGACGGCAGAUGGCAUGUUUGCCCUCGGCUCGGUCUCGCAGCACGUGGUAACCCACGCUGAGGUUCCGGUCGUCUGGAUUUCCAAGUGAGAAGGGCAGCGAUUGUUAGGGUUGUGGCUUUAUCCGCGGCCAGGCUCGCCGCCGGGUCGGGUGUGUGGCCGGAGAUGCGCGCCAAAGACCUCACGCAGCUGCUCGGCCGCCGCGCUGAUGAUGGAAUCGCCUUCUCCGGCAACCUCGCUGGCGCGCCCAACAGCAAGGCCAGCUACGUCACACAUGCUCGGCAGCGGGUAUCGUUCCGCAAGUGCAGCCAUGACCAGGAUGCCAAACCGGACGUGCUCUGUCGACGGCGCCAUCAGCAACUCGGGCAUAAACGACGAUGCCACAUGCAUUGACGGCACGCCGGCCACAAGCAACGGAAUGAGCUCAGGACUGUACAUCUGAAAGUGCACGAGUUUGCAGAGCAGGACGUUGGCAAUGAACUUCUCGUGCACAAACUGGCAGAGAACUGCCAUCGCUUCCUCGGCACCCUCGCGCGCGGCCACGCCAAC